AUCCCUCACCCCCAUGAUGUAAAUACUAUUUUCUUCGUUUCUGAAUGAAGGAACCGGGCACAGAGAGGUUACGUGACUUGACAGGGCCACAUAGCUGGGGAGUGGAGGAGGGCACUGAGCCAGGAUCUGAACGUCCCCCUGUCUGGUUGCAGAACCCGCGCCAACCAGCGAGGAAGGAGCGCAUCCUCGGGCCCCGCGCGCGGUGAAGACUGCGCACCGGGUCUGCAGUGCGUGCAGGAACCCCACCUCUCCACUCGCGCGACUGACAGGGCGGCCCCAGGGCCCCAUCCGCUCACUUGCGGCAGGGGAAGUGGGUCCCUUUACGGGUCCGCCGCCGGGGGGCGCUGCCCGCGGUCCCCGGGGCCGGCGCUCUCUGCAACAUGUCUGGGCGCCGAGGCCAGCGGCCAGGGCACUGCUUGUGCUGGCUGCUGUGCUGCGUCCUACUGUCCCCAGCCGCGGGCUACGUGAUCGUGAGCUCCGUGUCCUGGGCGGUCACCAACGAGGUGGACGAGGAGCUGGACAGCGCCUCCACCGAGGAGACGCUGCCCACGAUGCUGGAGGACUCUGGCAGCAUCUGGCAGCGGAGCUUCCCGGCCUCGGCGCACAAGGAGGACGCACACCUGCCGCCCCCAGUGGGCGCUGCCGGCGCCAGGCCGCCCCCAGAGCCUCCGGGGAUGUUUUCCUACCGGCGCGAGGGCGGCGCGAGGCUGCGCCCGGGCACCGCCCGCUUCCUGGCCCACGCCAGCGCCUGGGGCUGUCUGGCUACCGUGUCCGCGCACGAGAAGAUGCCAGGACUGCCAUUUGGGAACUGUCUGCCCAUCAGUGAUGGCCCCUUCAACAACAGCACUGGCAUUCCAUUCUUCUAUGUGACUCCCAAGGACCCCGUGGUGGCGGAUCUGUUGAAGAACCCCAUGGCCUCGCUCCUGCUGCCGGAAUCCGAGGGAGAGUUCUGCAGAAAAAAUAUCGUCGACCCAGAAGAUCCUCGCUGUGCCCGGUUGACACUCACUGGCCAGAUGGUCGCAGUGUCUCCAGAAGAAGUAGAAUUUGCCAAGCAAGCCGUGUUUUCAAGACACCCAGUUAUGAGGAAGUGGCCUCGUCAAUAUGAAUGGUUCUUUAUGAAGCUGAAGAUAGAACACAUCUGGCUUCAGAAAUGGUAUGGGGGAGUAGCGGACAUUUCCCAGGAGGAAUAUUUCAAAGCCACUCCAAGAAAGGCCUGAUGGGGUAAGAAGAAAGUCCUUGAUGUUUGCAUAAAAUGGGAGCCUUUUAAGUGAUGCUACCAGGCAGCAAGUGACUACUGUCUCCUUGCCAGAGGGCUCAUAGCAGUCCUUACAGCAGAACAGCAGUGGGUCACCUGGGACCCCUAUGCUUGCUGGAGAUCGAAGGGGUCAUUUGCCAAUGCCCAGUUCACACAGGUACUUCACGUAGACUCUGUGUACAUGUGUUCAAUCCAGACUCACCUAUUUGGGAUCAUUUUUGGGUGUCAAAAUGUUGAGACAGUUGCUGUUCCAUUCUUUAAGACCAAAAUAAUAAUAAUAAUAAUGCUUGUAUGUAUCCUGUGAUUGCUUUGUAUUGUGAGAGUAUUUUUGUGCUUGUUGUGCCUAAAGCAGCAUCUUGGUUCUAAGUUCACUGCAACCACAGAGGAACUAAACACUCAUCACACAGCCAUAAGCUUGUGUUCAGGGCGAGGGUACAGGACUACUUGUCUACGGGUUACUCUAGUAGCCACUGGGUCACACGUGCAUUACUGAGUCCCAUUUGCUAGAAUGUAUUGGUCACUUAGGAAGCCUCUGCCCACUGUACCAUGACGAACCUUAUGAGAACUCACCAGAUUUGGGGCACAGCCCUACGCUGGGUAAGCAGGUCAUGACAGGACAUUAAAAGAAGGGUGGCUUUGGCAUCCAGCUGCCAGAUCCCCUCUGCUAGCACUUCUGACAGAGAGACCCCUUCUCUUAGGUAAGGGGAGUGAUACUCAUCCUGCAGGGUAGAGAGAGGAGAGGGGAAACAGGAGAACCUGGAAAGGAAGGAAAGGCAGCAUAUAAUAGGAAAGGAAGGAAGGGAGUCAGUAAUUGAAGGCAUACUUCCUGCCCAGCUGUGGUCCAGGCUCCUGACAUGAUCAUUUCACUUAAGCCUUAGACCAAUGAGAUGCAUAUCAUUCAUGGCCACUUACAGACAAGAAAAGUGAGGCUCAGAGAGGCUAAGUCAGCAUCCCACGGUGUGACCCCAGCACUUCCUAUACCUGGACAGAGUGGUAUCUAGAUAAUUCCCAACUUUAAGAACAAGACAGAAGAGUUAGUGAAAUACAUGAGUAGUCAUUGAAUCAGCAAAAUCAGUAAAGUGAUGUUUGUAGAUGACUGGCCACUGCUUUCCAUCCAAAAAAAAAAAAAAAAGUCUCUGAAAUUUGACUCUUACUACAGAUUUAAAAUUUUCUACAAAUUAUUUGCAAGAAAUUACAUUGUACCUGUGCACAUGUCCGAGAUCUAUAUUGAAAUCUAGAAGAGAUUUGGUUAUACCCAGUUUUCUGCCUUUUCUAAAUGGCUCUGAAUCCUCUUAAGGGGGGGGGGUAGGUAUGUUGUAUAAGCAUCAAAAAACACAGCACUAUACAUAGGAAAUAUACCUUUUUAAAAUAAAUAAUACUGUUAUUAAUGGUUACGCUUUUGUUUAAAAAAUUAAGACAUGAAAAGAGUUUGAGUUGUCAAAAUAUUUUUAAGUGCCCAUUCUUCAAAGCAUAAUAAGAGGUGGACAGAAUUCUUUAUCAAAAGUCAGAGUUCAAAAUCAUUCCUAACACUAAUAUUCUCUAAUGUUUAAGAAUAAGGUGAAUUUGAGGGUAUUUCGUAUUUUCAGAGUUUAAAAUAAUUGCUACCCAUCCCCCAUUCAGAGGUAAGAGGGGAAAACUGGCAGAAGAAACCACGUACCCCAUAAGUCAACCUCACAUCUUAAUUCUUUGAGCAUCUUUGUCUCCAAGUUCCUGUCUGAAGGAUAAUGCUCCUAAUGCUGGCUUUGCUUUUGCAAUCAGGUCUCACUCAGCUUAUUAAAACUCACUUGGCUGCUUCAAGGAGCUUUGGAGUGUGGUUGCCAUUUAUAACCACUGAUGAAUGUUAUCAGUUAUUUCCCCAAUUACAGGGAAUGAAAUCUUGAAUAGGUGGGAUGACAAGAAAAGUGUUUAAAAGACACCUGUUCAAGAGUGAUGGGCCCAUUCAGGCCAGUAGAUUUCAGCGAAUCUCUAGAAAUUUAGAGAUUUUUACAUUGCUUAAAAUUUAAAAGCUGUCCUGGAAGUUCUGAUAAUAGCAAGAAGUCAAUAAAAAGAAAUAAAAGACAUAUGAUUGGAAAGAAAGUAAUAAAAGCAUGCCUAUCAAUAAGGCCUCAGGAUAUAAGAUCAGUACACAAAAUUUAAUCUCAUUUCUAUAUAUUAACAAGGAACAAAGUGGAAACCAAAAUUAAAAACACAAUAUCAUCUUCAAUGACUUCAAAGGAAAAAAUACUUUGCUAUAAACUUAACAAAAUAUGUGCAGGAUCUAUAUGCUGAAAAUUAAAAGAUGCUAAAGAAAGAAACAAAGACCUAAAAAAUGAAGAGACAUACUGUGUUCAUGGAUUAGAGGACACAAAUAGUAAAAAUGUCGAUUUUUCCCCAGAUUUAUCUAUAGGUUUAAUGAAGUUUCUAUCAAAAUCAGAUGAUGUUUUUGCAGACAUAUUCAAGCUUAUUCUAAAAGUUCUAAGGCAUAGGCCUUGGAAUAGCUAAAAUAUUCUUAUGAAAGAAGAAUAAGUAAGAGAUAUCACUCUACCCAGUAUAAAGAUUUAUUAUAUAGCUACAGUAGCCAAGACAGUGUGGUAUUUGUAGAGGCAAAGACACAUAGAUCAAUGGAACAUCACAGAGAAUCUAGAAAUAGACCCAUACAAAUAUGCAGAGUUGAUUUUUUUUAUAACUGUACAAAAGUCAUUCAGUGGAAGGAGGGUAGCCUUUUCAAUAAGUGUGCUGGAACAAUCAGAUAUUCACAGGCAAAUAAAAGACCUUCAACCUAAGUCUCACACCUUAUAUUAAAGUUAACUCAAAAGAGAUCAUAACCCUAAACAAACUGUGAAACCAUAGAACUUUUUUAAAUAGAAAUUCUUUGGGAUCUAGGGCUAAGCAAAGAGUUCUUAGACUUGACACUAAAAGCAUAAAGUCCAUAAAAAGAAAAGUUUGAGAAAUUGGACUUCAUCAAAAUGUUAAACUUUUGUUCUGCAAAAGACCAUGUGAAGAAAAUGAAAAGACAGGCUACAUCCUAGGAGGAAAUACCUACCAACAGUAUAUCCAACAAAGGACUACUAUCUAGAAUAUAUGGAGAACUCUUAAAAUGCAACCUUUAAAAAGAAAUUCAAUAUGACCAUGAAGAACAUGGACAAACGUUGCUCUGAAGAGUGUAUGCAAAUGACAGAUAAUCAACAGAUACUCAACAUCAUCAGUCAUGGAGGAGCUGCAAAUUAAAAGCCCAGUAGAAACCAUGAGGCACCUACCCAAAUUGUUAAAAUACAGUAACAACACCAAAUGUUGGCAAGGAGGCAGAGCAUGGGAUUAGUCUAUUGCUGGUGGGAAAGUAUAAUCGAACAGCCAUCUGGAGAACCACCUGGCAGUUCCUCAUAACAUGAAACAACUGCCAUACCACUCGGCAAAAAUACCAUUGGCGUUUAUCCCAGAGAGAUGAAAACUUACAUUCACACUAAAAUUUGGACGUGAAUGUUCACAGUAACUUUAUUCAUAAUACUCAAAAUCUGUAAACGAUCAGCUGUCCUUUAACGGGUAGCCAAGGAAACACAUUUUGAUACAUCCAUGCUGUGGAAUACUACUCAGCAAUGAAAAUAAUUUCUGACACAAGCAGCAACUUGGAAGAAUCUUCAGAGAAUUAUGCUGCAGUUUAAACAAAAAAAAGCCCUUCCUCAAAGGUUACAUACUGUAUAGUUUCUUUUAUGUGACAUUUUGAGAUGCAACAUUCUAGAAAUAGAGAACAGCUUAGAGGUCACCAGGGAGAGGAGGAAGGGGAAGGAGAGAGGCGGGUGUACCUAUAAAAGGGAUCCUUAUCGUGAAGUGUUCCCUAUCUUGGCUGCAUCAGUGUAAAAAUCCUGCUUGAAGAGUUUUACAAGAUGUUACCAUUAGGGGGAAAUGUGUAAAGGGCACGCAGAAUCUCUGUAUUUUAUUUCCUACAAUUGCAUGUGAAUCUACAAUGAUCAGCAAUUCUCCCAGAAUCUACAAUUAUCUCAGAGUAAAAGGUUUCAUAGAACCAGAAUGUUAAGGUUGGCUUAAAUAAGGCAUUUAUGCCCUCUGGUUGGUCCCUAAUGAAAUAGAGAACUGAGCCAUGUGCUAAAACCUAGCAGAACAGACAUUUAUUUUCCUGAACUAUUAAUACACGCAUUUGUGGGAGUUCCCUUGUGGCACAGCAGGUUGGGGAUCUGGCAUUGUCACUGCUGUGGCUCAAGUUGUGGCUGGGGCAUGGGCAUGAUCCCUGGCCCAUGAACCUCUGCAUAUCAUGGGUAUGGCCAAAAAUACACACACACACACACACACACACACACACACACACGUGGGAGAGAGAGAUUUCUUUAAAAGCUUUCAAAAUGCAUUCAAUUUAAUAAUGAAUACAAAUUAAUAAGAAUUCAACAAACGUACCAUACAGAUUUCGUGUGGGGUAUUCAGAAGGGGAAGAUAUCUUCCAGUUUCUGGCAUAAACACCAUACGUAAGCUACAGGUGUAUAGACGUACCCAUGUCUGUACACAGCCAUUCCCUACUGAGGUUUAUGGCAAAGAACUGUUAUCUCCAAGUCCUCUUCUAAAUAGCCUGGGAAAGAAUUCUUCUUUUGUUUCUAGGAAUAAGCUCUCUCCUGCUACCCCCCCCCAUGUUUUUCAUUACCACGAUUGUACUUUCCAUGAUGUUGACAUAGAGAGUGUAAUUCUGAUGUCACAUGUUUCCCUCUGUUGUGUAUAUAUUGACUCAUUAUUAAAGAAUUGUUUGGGGUUGAGAUGUAUUUCUAUAAUUUUUCCAGAAACUUGUAUCUCAUUUUUAAUCAUUUAACCAUCAAAUACUGUUCUGAAAAUAAAACCUCUCUAGAAUAAUUGAUCGAUGCUUAUUUGAUGGCUCAUAACAAGUCAAUUGUUAGAAAAUUUGAAUUGUCGUGAGGUCAUGGUUUGUUCUGUGUGCUGCAUGUGGGGUGUAAAAUCUAUUUUCAAAACUAGAUAGUCUAUUUAACCAAAGACUAUUUCAUUCCAGAUAUGAUCUCUAUGCUUGAUUAAAUAAAUUUAUAAUAUUUAUACACAGUCCUCUCAUGUACUGUUAGAAGUUGGCAUUAUUAGAUUUCUAAGAAAAUAGAUGCUAUUACAAUAAAUUGGCAGUUAAAUUUCCAAAA